CUGAAAUCGAACAUGUUGAGACAUUAUUAAAGUUCAACUAUUUAAUAACUCACAUUAAUUUAUUCUAUAACAAAUAAAAUUAUUUACAUGGCACGAGAAGAAGACCACUUGCAUCCCAUUACUAGCAAUAAUUUGAUUGUAUCUCUUAGUCUAACUCCAUUGGUUAACAUAAUACAACGAAUCACAAAACCAUUGAAGCAAUAAACUAGAAAAAAUACCAAUAAUAAAAUAUUCGAAUUUCAUUGCAAAAAAGUUCCAUUUAAACCCAUAAUUUAAAAAAAAAAUUGUUUCCAGGUAAAAAGAUAAUAAUAACAAUAUCAAGACGUGUCUAAUUGGUUGACAUUGCAAUAAUUAAUACACAAGUUAUUAAUAAAAUAAAACUAUAAUUAAGGCUUCUUUAAUUACAGUUUAUCUUAAGUCAUUGACAAUUCCACCUAAUUUAUUACCAAUCCCCUUUGCCUUAACCUCUAUAGCCCAAAGAAACACUGACACGCACCUAAAUAUUUGCCAAACAUGCGAAAAUUUUAGUCCAACUGUCCAAAUUUCAAAGUCUAAACCCGGGCGAUAAUUCUUCGAAAUAAAAUAUUGAUUAUCUGAAAUUAUUCGGAAAAUUCCAUCGACAUUCUCCAUUUUCCAGCUCCAUCGUCGCUCUCGUGUCACGUCUUUCCCACAACUCAGUCAAUCAAUAUAUAUCCCCGAUUUCGAUCGUCUUCUUUUUUAAGUUUGCUUAAUUUCUGGGUUUUUUUUUCCCCAUUUCAUUUUUUGAAGAAAAUAAUGAAGAGUAAAAGUGGUGGGAAGGUGUCUGCAAAAUGGAUUCCUGUUUUCUCCAUUUGCUUCUUCUUCUUGGGCAUGUUUUUCACCAACAAAUUCUGGGCUCCAUUGGAAUCUAACAGUCAGCUCAUAACCAAGCAAAGGCUGGACCAAGAACUGCAGAUCGUCUCCGAGGAUUGCAAUAAUAAGAAGAAGAAAGAAGGGGAUAUGGACAACAAGGAUGCAAUGAAGGAGGUGUACAAAACCCAUGAGGCAAUCCAGUCAUUGGACAAGUCAAUUUCAAUGCUGCAAAUGGAGUUAUCUGUGUCAAGAAGUGUUCAGGAGAAAGUAAAAACCGAUGGGUCGCCGGCAAUUUCCGAUCAAAGCUCUCAAAGGAAGAAGGUAUUUAUGGUGAUUGGUAUAAAUACAGCUUUCAGCAGUCGGAAGAGGCGUGAUUCUGUCCGAGAAACUUGGAUGCCUCAAGGCGAUCAACUUCGCAAGUUGGAGCAUGAGAAGGGGAUUGUUGUUAGAUUUAUGAUUGGACAUAGUGCAACAUCAAACAGCAUAUUGGAUAGAGCCCUCGACUCGGAAGAAGCUCAGCAUAACGACUUUCUCAGGCUGGAGCACGUUGAAGGAUAUCAUGAACUAUCUGCAAAAACGAAGAUUUUCUUUGCCACUGCUGUUGCAAAAUGGGAUGCUGAUUUCUAUGUCAAAGUUGAUGACGAUGUUCAUGUUAAUUUGGGUACGUUAGCUGCAACUCUCGCACGUCACCGACCAAAACCCAGAGUUUACAUUGGCUGCAUGAAAUCUGGGCCAGUUCUUUCUCAAAAGAAUGUGAAGUACCACGAACCAGAGUACUGGAAAUUCGGAGAAGACGGAAACAAAUAUUUCCGCCAUGCAACUGGCCAGAUUUACGCUCUAUCUAAGGAUUUAGCCACCUACAUCUCCAUUAACCAGCACAUACUGCACAAGUAUGCAAAUGAAGACGUGUCACUUGGAGCUUGGUUUAUCGGUCUUGAAGUUGAGCACAUAGACGAGCGAAAUAUGUGCUGUGGUACUCCACCAGAUUGCGAAUGGAAGUCGCAAGCGGGGAAUGUAUGUAUAGCCUCGUUCGAUUGGAGCUGCAGCGGAAUAUGUAAAUCAGUGGAGAAGAUGAAAUUUGUACAUGAACAGUGUGGUGAAGGAGAAGAGGCUUUGUGGAAUGCUUUAUUGUAAUAUUCUUUGCACAUACAUUCAAAAAGAAAUGAAAACAUUCAGUCUAGCAAAGUUAACACCAAGUGAUUAUUAUAUCAAAAAGUUGGUGAUUAUGAAAAGGCAAAAAGCUAAUAAUUAUUUCAGAUGAUUUUCUGUAAAAAAAAAAAAGAGGGCAGUGAGUUUUGAGGUUUAUUUCUAUGCUACACCGGGUGAUUUUUUACCGUUGAUCUACACACACCAAUGUGGGUGUGUGUGUGUGUUUGUGUUUAUGUAUAUGAAUGAUAAAGAUCUACCCGGUGUAUUUUAUCCGGUGUAGCAUAGAAUAGACUGAGUUUUGAGUUGAGUAGAUGUUACUUAAUAGACUCGAUAAUUUACGUGUAAAACAUUGUCCUGUGAUUUGAUACUGAGUUUUCUAUAGAGCUAAUAUUUUGCUUCUAA